GAAAAUGCAAGUCAUUUUUUUCAUUUUCAGAUUAGAAUUAUUUUCCCGCCAUUCAUCAGCUUGGCGCCAGAUCGGAUCGGCCGAAGCCGACUCUCAGUCGCUACGGCGCAUUCCCGCUCUUCAUUUCAGCUCUCGCUUAUGUCCGAUUCUGCCGUCGGUGUCGCUCGCUCUCUUCAGUUCGAUUCGUGCUUUUACGCCCAAGUCGCUCGCGCACCGCAAGAAACCCUAGAUCCGCCCCCCAAAUGGCGGUCCAGUCCGAGCCCGACUACUCUCUCUUCACAGCCCAAGAGAUCGAGUUCGUCGCGGAGGAUGAAUUGAUCGAGAUUGUGCCCAACAUGCGGAUGGAUCCUCUCAAUUUGAUCUGCGGUGAUUUCGGUCCUUUUCUUCCGCAAAUAGCCGCUCAAGUGCCUCUGUGGCUAGCUGUGGCUUUGAAGAAGAGAGGCAAGUGCACGAUUCGGCCUCCUGAAUGGAUGUCUGUGGAAAAACUUACCCGUGUUUUGGAAGCUGAACGAGAUUCUGAAAGAGAAUUUCAGUUGCUGCCAUUCCAUUAUGUGGAAAUUUCAAGACUUCUUUUUGACCACGCACGGGACGACAUUCCUGAUAUUUAUAUGGUGAGGUCUCUCAUUGAGGAUAUAAGGGAUGUAAGAUUUCAUAAAGUGCAAAGCAGCCUGGAGACAUUUGAUGGUCGAACAUCAGCAGUACAAAUAAAAUCCUUAUCGGCAAUGGAGGUGAAUAUAGUUCGUCCCUUUGUCGCGAGAGCCCUACAGUCAUUCCAGAAGCUUGAUAGUCUGCUGCCGGAGACAGAUUCCACACCCAACAAUCAACCGCAAGAAGCAGAUAAAGCCUCAAAAGGACGACGCGUCCUGCGAGGAAGGUGAAGGUUGUCGCCGGUCAUCCUCAUCAUGUUGUUUCGUGCAAAUGUUGCUCAAGCAUGCAAGCAGGUCAGGAACUUGUUUCUCUUUACAGGAUCUGAGGAGCUUGUGGUUGUGGACUUCGCCUAUUGAGCGAGCUUUUGUGAGUUUUUCAUUCUAAUCCCUGUCUUUAAUAGCACUUACUACUUUAACUCACGGCAUGUUGAAAUGGAAG